AUGUCCGCUCCCAUCAAGAUCCUCGGGAAGCCCGUCGGGCCAAUAGGCUAUGGUUUGAUGGGGUUGACUUGGCGACACAAUGCACAACCGGCGAGCGACAGCUUCAAGGCAAUGGAGACGGCGCUGUCGCAGGGCGCGAAUUUCUGGAAUGGCGGUGAACUGUACGGGACCCCGGAGCGGCACUCCUGCCACUUACUUCACGAGUACUUCAAACUACAUCCGGAAGACGCGGACAAGGUCGUGCUCAGCAUCAAAGGCGGCCUUGUCCCGGGCGGGCUGAAGCCCGACGGAUCGGCCCAAAACGUGCGGCGCAGCGUGGAAGACUGCCUCAAGGUCCUCGAUGGCACAAAGAGCAUUGACAUCUUCGAGUGCGCUCGGCUCGACGCGAACACGCCACUUGAAGAGACCAUCGGCACCCUGGCGCAGCUCGUCAAGGAGGGGAAAAUAGGUGGCAUUGGUCUUUCUGAGGUCAAGGCGAGCACCAUCGAGCGGGCACACGCCAUCCACCCGAUCGCGGCCGUCGAGGUUGAAGUGUCGCUCUGGACGACGGACAUUCUGCGCAACGGCGUCGCCGCCACCUGCGCGAAACUAAACAUCCCCAUCGUCGCGUACAGCCCCCUCAGCCGCGGCGCGUUGGCGGGCGAGACCAUCCGCAAGCACGCCGACAUUCCCGAGGGCGAUCUCCGCAAGUUCAUGCCGCGGUUCCAGGACGACGUGCUCGAGUACAACAACCAGAUCGUGGACGAGGUGCAGAAGCUCGCCGACAAAAAGGGUGUGACCAAGGCCCAGAUCGCCAUCGCCUGGGUCCGCCGCCUCAGCGGCCGCACCGUCACCACGGAAAACGGCGAGCAGAUCACACUGGGCACCAUCAUCCCCAUCCCCGGCGCCACCAAGCCGGAGCGCGUCGUCGAGAACACCACGGUCGUGGAUCUCUCCGACGACGAGAUGAAGGAGAUUGCGGAAAUCCUGAAGAAGAAUCCCGUCAAGGGCGACCGGUACCCGCCGCAAGGGAUGGCUCACCUCAAUAUGUAA